AUGGCCGACGGCGGUGACCUCCCUCCUCUCCCUGAGAGCCCUCCGUACCGCACGCCCUCCCCGCGCCGUCCCCGCCGCUACACAAACUCUAUGGACACCCCCACGGCCCCCCAAAGCGGCUACGAAGAUGUCGUGCGCCUCCUGGAGACCGUUGCCAGCGCCACCCUCGGCGAGCGGAACUUGACAGACACCUACGAAGCGCGGAUCCGAGACCUGGAAGCUGAGAAUGCGGAGCUGCUUAAAGAAAACGAAGAGCUCCUCCACCUGCUCAACCGCGACGACCGCCCCGCCACCGCACAAGCCACGAAGGCACUCGCGCAAGUGCGUACGCUCAAAGAGUCGCUCAUCUCCGACCGCGAGGGGUUCUCCCGGCGGGAAGCGGGGCUGACGGCGCGGGUGUGGGGGCUGGAACAGGCGGUGACGGACUCGCUGCGGGACCUGCUGCAGGAGCGGCGGCUGCGCGAGGAGGUGGAGUGGCGGGUGUGGCCGCGGGGAAGGGAGGAGGCCGAGUGUGCGAGGUGUGCGGCGAGGGAGGAGGUGGGCGGGGGCGUGGGCGGUGGUGUGGGGGAGGAGAUGUUGAGGAGUAUGGAGGCCGUGACGGUCGAGUUGGAGAUGAGGAAUGAGGAGAUGAAGCAAACACAAAGCGCCGCAGAAGAAGAGCUCGACCUCGCCAGCCGCGAAAUCGAGCGUCUCCAGCGCGAAGUCAAGGCCCUCGAGAUGCUAAAACACCACAAAGAAGACACCGAGGCCGAGCUCGACAUGCUCAAAGACGGGAUGAAGCGCAUCGAGCGUGUGGCGAUGAUGUACGGCCCGCUCGAGGACGAGUUAGGGCUGCUGGACGCGAUCGACUCGUGGAAGCUGGAGUUCCUGGCUGUGUCGACGAAGCGCAAGAAGAGGAAAAAGAAGGAGGAGAAGCAUGGGCUUGGGUAA